AUGAGUUCGCGAGCGGCUCUUUCUUCGCCGGUUGCUGUUCCGUCUGCCGCUGCAAACGCGGCUGCUGCAGCUAUUCCCGACCAUCCGCAACCGAGUCCAGUUUCUUCCGAGCGCCGUCGUCGCCACCACAACCCUCCUGUUGCCCCACCGCGAACUUCUUCACAGCAGCAGCAGCAGCACCAGUCCAUGUCGGGUGCACCAUCUUCAAGCUCAAGCUCCCGGAGGGCGGCUGCUGCAACCGCUACUGGAUCAGACUCGCCUCGAACCCGUACUCGCGACACACGUGGUGACGAUUCUGCACGACGGAGACAGCAGCAAGAGCAGGAGUAUGCCCAGCGGGUGGCCGCGAGUGGAGGUGCAAGAUCAGCAGCUGCCACUGCUCUGCCAAUACGAAACCAUGGCUCGCAACCCUCGUCCCACGGUCCCUCCCGUGAAACGAGCGAGAUUCUUAAUUCGGUGACAGUAUCCCGGGAUGAAGUUGACGUUGAACGCGAAAAGGCUCGACUUGCCAUGGCUCAGCAGGACGACUACUAUGAUGAUGCUGCCCCGCCACCGAUUGUGCCGACAAACAAUGCACCCGAGCAACAGUUCGACGAGAGCCGCCGUGGUGGUCGUAGCCGGCAUGACCACUCGCGGCGCGAGAAGCAGAUCAAGUUUGGCGAGUACAUUCUCGGCAACACCAUUGGCGAGGGCGAGUUUGGAAAAGUCAAGCUUGGCUGGAAGCAAGAAGGGGGUGUCCAGGUCGCUAUCAAACUCAUCAAGAAAGACAUCCUUGGGAGCAACCCGACUCGGAUGGCCAAAAUUAUGCGCGAAGUCAAUAUUCUCCGUCAACUAAAUCAUCCAAAUAUUGUCCAGUUGCACAAGAUGGAGGAGUCUGAACACCACUAUGGCAUUGUUCUGGAAUACGCUUCAGGCGGAGAGUUGUUCGACUACAUUCUCAACCACCGCUAUCUGAAGGACCACGCCGCCCGCCGCUUGUUCGCCCAGCUUAUUUCAGGUGUCGGCUACCUACACAAGAAGGGUAUUGUCCACCGCGAUCUGAAAUUGGAGAAUCUGCUUCUGGACCGGAACCGCAACAUUAUCAUCACCGACUUUGGCUUUGCCAACACCUUCGACCCAACCGAGGAGCUUACUGAGGAUGAAGAGAUCAACCUGGUUGACCGCGAGUAUAUCAAGCGUAUGGGCUUCGACAUCGUCAAGCCCAACGGCAUGCGGAAAGCAGAUCUGAUGCAGACGAGCUGUGGUAGCCCUUGUUAUGCCGCUCCUGAGCUUGUUGUCAGCGAUUCUCUUUACACAGGCCGCAAGGUUGAUGUUUGGAGCUGUGGUGUUAUUCUGUACGCCAUGCUUGCGGGCUAUCUACCCUUCGAUGACGAUCCGAAGAACCCCGAAGGCGAUAACAUCAAUCUCCUCUACAAAUACAUUGUCAACACACCUCUCACCUUCCCUGAAUAUGUCACACCACACGCCCGGGACCUCCUUCGACGCAUUCUCGUUCCGAACCCGCGGCAACGUGCCGAUCUCUUCGAAGUUGCUCGACACAGCUGGCUUAGCGAGUAUGCUAAUGUGGUCGAGUUUAUCACGAGCAGCACCACGAGCUCCGCCGAUAUCCAGAACAUUCCUAUUUCAGCAGAUGAUAUUGAAGACGGUCGGAUGCUUGGUCGCAGCUCGUCGGUGCGGGAGGCGUCGAAGAAGGCUGUCGUGUCACCAACAAUUGGUGGCUUGAUCAGCAAGGCAGGCAACGUCGAUCCCGAGUCCGAAGCAGCCUUGCUCAAGCAGCAGAAGGACAACAAGCGCCGGACGGUGCAAGUCGAAUACGUGGCACCUACUACACAGACUCAGCGUGGUGGCGAGGCGACGUCUGGCGGUGGAAAGACGCGGGCUCGUUCCGGCAGCCAAGGCCCCAUUGCGGUCAACCCCAACGCUGGCCUAACGUCGCCGAACGAGAAGCCGCUGCCCCGCGAUCCGCCAACUGGCAAGUCAUCUCGCGACCCAAGACGCCCGCCGAGUGCCCACCGUACGACCGGCACUGCGGCUGCUGUUGCCGCAGCAGGUACUGGCGCUGGCACCACGCGUUCUAACCGUGAUGGAAGCCGCGCUGUUUCUGAAGCCGCUUACAUGGUGCAAGGCUCUGGUGGCCGGCCGGUCACUGGCGGCUCUGUGGGCUCCGCGAACCCGCGCACCACACCCAAUCGCGCCUCGUUUGGCCAACCCGUACCACCAACCGUGGCCGGCACCAAUGCGCAGGGCAGAAUCCAACAACCGAAGAGUAACAGUGGUCGUAACUACGUCAUCUCGAACCCGAUCCCGCAAGACUCGUCGACGUUUGGCCGCCCAAGCAUCAGCGUGCCACCCAAAUUCGCCCAGGUAUCUGGAUUUACUGAUGGCGAGGGAGAGAAUGCUGGCACUGGGAAGCCUUCGACCCCCGAGGUCAAGGGCCACCGGCGGUCAAACACGAUUGGAGACAUCACCGACAAGCUCCUCGGCCGCAGCGGCUCCAUCUUUGGCGGUAAGAACCGGAAGAAGCCAGACGAGCGCCAGUCAGUCGGAAUGGAAAAGGCCUCGCGCAAGUACCCGCCAGUGAGUAUGGCAAACAAUACAGCUAUCCAAAGUGGUGUUGUUCCCUCGGACGAGCCGCGUGCAUCGAUGGAUUCCACCGCACGGCAGUCGAGACGGUCGUUCUCUCUCGGCUUGGGCAAGAAGCGGUCGGGUAGCAUCGAGGGCUCUCAGACGUCUCAUGAAAAGCAGCACACUCGGCGGUUCUCUCUGCUUCCCGGCUCCUUCUCUUUGAAGUCGAUUGGCAUCAACAAGGAUUACGAUACGAGCCCGGAGUCGCAGACCGACCUUCCGAUCCAGGAGCCGCCACAGGAUGCCCGACUUGGGUCGCCCACCGACAGCCUCGAGCCUGCCUUCGAUGGCAUGUACACGCACUUGUCUGAGUCGCAGCAGGCCGCAGCAGAAAGUGGUCGCCUCCAGCAGCAACAACUUCAAGAGCAACGAUUGCAACAGUCGCCCGCCAUGCAGCAAGGCCGCCCGAGUUUGCACUACCAGCAGCCACCCCAACAACCGCAGCACCAGCGCCAUGUUUCUGCUAGUCAAUUCGAGCGCCAACGACCUUCUGCUCUGCAAGAAGUGACUGACAAUGUGCAGCGCAACCCACCCCGGUCUGCACCGUACCAAGCAGAUGUCGAGGCCUUCGACCCUCGGCGUGCCAACCCAAACGUGACCAACGCGCGUGGUGGCCGUGUCGUCUUGCAGAAGAACAAGCGGAUGGCUGACGCUUACGACACGGACGAGUUCGCCAAGCACCACGACCGCAGUGGUAGCAGCGGUGCAGCGCGGCGUGUCAUGGACUUCUUCCGCAGGCGCGCCAAGGCUCGUGGCGGUGAUGAGUAA